AUUGUUGAGAAGGGUAGUUUGGGUAUUGCAUUAUGUACUCUAUAUAUAGUCAGUGCUCUGCAUUCUUGAACUAAAGUCUUACAAAUCAACACAAACACACAGAUAUUUUUCCCUGAGUUUCAAGAGCAAAAAUCAAGAAAAGCAAGGCUGAUUAUACCAAUCUGAAAAGAGCUUACAGGAUGUGCUAGCUUUAGAGUAUAGCAGGACCCUGGCAGACUGGUGUAGAAAUUCAAGGCGUAACGGUUGUUACAAUACCUUCUGAUUGAAAGCUGACUCGAGAAGCCUUUUGCAUUAAGAUCACCUAGCUUCAGUAACACAAAUGACGAAUUAUUAUUCGAUGCAGUCUUCACAGGAUCAACAAUAUUUUUACCAGAGUGGCAGGUUCUAUAAUGAGCCGGCUCAUGAGUUUGAAUCCCAACUCUGGAAUCAUCAUCAAUAUCUGGAUGACAAUUUAUGGUUGGAUGACAGCAGCCAAGAAAUGCAGGUUUCUGGUAAAGCAUCUCAGAGCUAUGGAACUCCAGAGACGGCCACGGCAAUUGGCGGUUAUACUGGUACUAAUUUUGUUGUCAGUCGUUCAGCUAAUGGUAGUCCCGUGUCAGGGGAAUCUUCUCAAACAUACCCCUCAGUUGUGAAUCAUUCCCCAGGAAACAAUAUUUACAAUUCGCAAGUUAGUGACUCCUUUUAUAUGGGCGAUUUUGUUAACCUGAAGCAUAAGAUAAAAGAAAUUGAAACUGCUAUGUUGGGGCCUGAAUCGGACACUGAAAUGUCGGCUGACAUUUCACUGUUUGGUGCACAGAGUGAAAUGUCUUCUGAAAAAGAUUAUGUCAAUCAAAUGAUUGCAAUCAUCUCCAAUGGUGACAUAAAAGAGGUUCUUGUCAAUUGUGCCAAAGCAGUAGCAGAUAAUGACCUAUUAACUGCUGAAUGGUUGAUUUCAGAAUUACGUCCUAUGGUAUCAGUUUCAGGCAAUCCGCUGCAACGUUUAGGAGCCUAUAUGCUUGAAGGUCUUGUUGCCAGGCUAUCCUCUUCAGGGAAUUCUAUAUGUAAAACCUUAAAGUGCAAAGAACCUACCAGUUCAGAACUGUUUUCAUACAUGAACGUGCUCUAUGAAAUCUGCCCAUACUUCAAGUUUGGAUAUAUGUCCGCAAAUGGAGCCAUUGCAGAAGCCAUGAAGGACGAGAACAGUAUUCAUAUAAUCGAUAUUCAAAUUGGCGAGGGAGCUCAGUGGUUCACUCUAAUCCAAGCUCUUGCAGCUCGGCCUGGAGGUCCCCCACGAAUUCGGAUAACUGGUAUUGCCGAUGCCUCAUUGGAUUACGUUAGGGGAGGAGGGCUUGAUAUUGUGGGGCAAAGACUCUCAAGUCUCGCAGAUUCCUGUAAAGUUCCCUUUGAGUUCAAUGCUGCAACAAUCUCAGGUUCCGAUAUUGACAGUAUCAAAAUUUUACCAGGAGAAGCAAUAGCAGUCAAUUUUGCCUUUAUACUUCAUCACAUCCCAGAUGAGAGCGUAGGAACUGUAAAUCACCGGGACAAAAUUUUGAGGUUUGCGAAGAGCCUGUCUCCAAAGGUUGUGACUGUUGUUGAGCAAGAAGCCAACACCAACACUCUGUUUAUGCCGAGGUUCCUAGAGAGUAUGAAUUACCAUAUGGCUAUCUUCGAAUCAAUUGAUGUUACUCUUCCCAGGGAUCACAAACAACGAAUCAGUGUUGAACAACAUUGCUUUGCACGAGACAUUGUAAAUACAGUAGCCUGUGAAGGGGCCGAGAGAGUGGAACGCCAAGAGUUACUCGAGAAAUGGAGGUCACGUUUCAUUGAGGCUGGUUUUAAACCAUACCCGUUAAGCUCCUAUGUGAAUGCCACUAUCAAGAGCCUACUGGAGAACUACAAUGAAUGCUAUACACUUAAGGAGAAAGACGGAGCUUUAUAUCUUGGUUGGUUGAAGCAGAAUUUGGUUGCUGCCUCUGCAUGGAGAUGAGACUAUUUUUGGAAUAAACGGACGAGUACAGAUGCUUAAGUAAUAUAUAAGCUUAUUUUUCCAUAUGUGGAAUAUCGAUAUCAUAUAAAUUUAGCAUCUGUUCCAGUAUGCUGUAUGUAUAUAGUUCUUAUACAUUUUAAACUUUGAAUAAUUGCAUCAGCCCUUUGAUGAGUA